UCUUGGUUCUGAGCUGCGUGGCUCGCUGACGCUCGCGCACCGGGUCGGGCUCCAGCACAACAUCCUGGUGCUGCUCUUCUCCAGCCUCGUCUGGUGGGUCUCCUUCGCCAGCCUCGGGCCGCUGCCCUCAGCCCUGCGGCCCCUGCUGUCCUGCCUGGUCGGGGGCGCCGGCUGCCUGCUCGCCCUGGGGUUGGAUCACUUCUUUCAAAUCAGGGAAGCUUUCCAUCAUCCUCGGUUGUCCAGCACCGCGGAGGAAAAAGUGCCUGUGAUCAGACCCCGCAGGAGGUCCAGCUGCGUGUCGUUCGGGGAGACGCCGGCCGCUUACCAAGGCAGCUGCAAAAUGUUCAGGAGACCGUCGUUGCCUUGCAUUUCCAGAGAACAGAUGAUUCUUUGGGAUUGGGACUUGAAGCAAUGGUAUAAACCUCAUUAUCAGAAUUCUGGAGGUGGAAGUGGAGUUGAUCUUUCUGUGCUAAAUGAGGCUCGUAAUAUGGUGUCAGAUCUUCUGAUUGAUCCAACCCUUCCCCCUCAAGUCAUUUCUUCCCUACGGAGCAUCAGUAGCUUGAUGGGUGCUUUCUCAGGUUCCUGUAGGCCAAAGAUUAAUCCUCUCACACCGUUCCCUGGAUUUUACCCUUGCUCAGAAAUAGAGGACCCAGCGGAGAGAGGAGACCGAAAACUUCACAAGGGACUACACAGUAGGAAUAGUUUACCAACUCCACAGCUGAGGAGGAGCUCGGGAACUUCAAGUCUGCCCCCCGUUGAACCUCCUUCUUCAAGGUGGGAACGCAAUAAUGGCAAAAGGCCUCACCAAGAAGUUGGCAUUUCAAGUCAAGGAGGCUACUUAAACGGGCCUUAUAGUUCAAACCCACCGACAAUCCCGAAGCAAAGGUCAGCAUCUAUAUCGCUGUCUCACCAUAUAGGUCUAAGAAGAGCUGGUGUUUUACCCAGCCUGAGUCCUGUGAAUUCUCCUGGCCAUGGACCACCAGUGUCUCCUGGCUCUCUAACUAGUCGAUCGCCUAUAGAAUUUCCUGAUACUGCUGAUUUUCUUACUAAGCCAAGUGUUAUUUUACACAGAUCUCUGGGCAAUGUACCCACUUUACCAGAUUUUUAUCAACAACUUAGAAAUUCUGAUAGCAAUGUAUGUAACAGCUGUGGACAUCAAAUACUGAAAUAUGUUUCAACAUCUGAAUCAGAGUCGAGUACAGACUACUGCAAUGGGAAAUUAGGUGAUGAAGACAACACCAAUUUCUCAAAAGAAUCACUCAACCUUACAGAAGCUCAACAGGAAAUGGAAACAGAAGACAGAGACUGCAGAAAAUUAAUUUUGGAAGGUGACACUCACCUAACAGAAGAGGCACAGAAUGAACAGCAACCAAAUACUGAACAGGAAGCAUCGCUGGACCCGAUUUUAAUAGAAGAUUAUGAUUCAUUAAUAGAAAAGAUGAACAACUGGAAUUUUCAAAUUUUUGAACUUGUAGAAAAAAUGGGAGAGAAUUCAGGAAGAAUCCUCAGUCAGGUUAUGUAUACCUUAUUUCAAGACACUGGUUUAUUGGAAAUAUUUAACAUUCCCACUCUACAAUUCAUGAACUAUUUUCGUGCAUUAGAAAAUGGCUAUCGAGACAUUCCUUAUCACAAUCGUAUACACGCCACAGAUGUCCUACAUGCAGUUUGGUAUCUGACAACAAGGCCAGUUCCUGGCUUACAGCAGAUCCACAGUGAUCAUGGAACAGGAAAUGCAACAGAGUCUGAUGAUAGAAUUAACCCUGGGCGGAUUGCUUACAUUUCUUCGAGGAGCUGCUCAAUCCCAGAUGAGAGCUAUGGCUGCCUGUCUUCAAACAUUCCUGCCUUGGAAUUGAUGGCUUUGUAUGUGGCAGCUGCCAUGCAUGAUUAUGACCACCCAGGGCGGACAAAUGCAUUUCUAGUGGCUACAAAUGCCCCUCAGGCAGUUUUAUACAACGACAGAUCUGUUCUGGAGAAUCAUCACGCUGCAUCAGCUUGGAGCCUGUAUCUUUCUAGUCCAGAAUACAACUUCCUUCUUAAUCUUGAUCAUGUGGAAUUCAAGCGCUUUCGUUUUUUAGUCAUUGAAGCAAUCCUUGCCACAGACCUUAAGAAACAUUUUGAUUUCCUUGCUGAAUUCAAUGCCAAGGCCAAUGAUGUAAAUAGUAAUGGUAUAGAGUGGAAUAAUGAAAAUGACCGCCUCUUAGUAUGCCAGGUGUGCAUCAAACUGGCAGAUAUCAAUGGCCCAGCAAAAGUUCGGAACUUGCAUUUGAAAUGGACAGAAGGCAUUGUCAAUGAAUUUUAUGAGCAGGGAGAUGAAGAAGCAAAUCUUGGUUUGCCCAUCAGUCCCUUCAUGGAUCGUUCUUCUCCUCAACUAGCCAAGCUUCAAGAGUCCUUCAUCACCCACAUUGUGGGUCCCCUGUGUAACUCGUACGAUGCUGCUGGUUUGCUCCCGGGCCAGUGGAUAGAAGAGGAAGAGGAUGAUGACACUGAAAGUUGUUCUGAUGAGGAUGGUGAAGAAUUAGAUACAGAUGAUGAAGAAAUAGAAGGCAAUCUAAAUCCUAAACCAGAGAGAAGAAAAGGCAGACAGCGAAUAUUUUGUCAGCUAAUGCAUCACCUCACUGAAAACCACAAGAUAUGGAAGGAGAUGAUAGAGGAAGAAGAGAAAUGUAAAACUGAUGGGAAUAAACUGCAGGUGGAGAAUUCUUCCUUACCUCAAACAGAUGAGAUUCAGGUGAUCGAAGAAGCUGAUGAAGAGGGAGAGACCGUUUGAGUGAAACAAAGACAUAAUGAAGAAUCCCGAGGGCUGUGCCUGAGGGUUGGGAAUUCACUGUGCUGACUCUGAACUGACCAUUCCCACGUGGACAGGCCGUCUUACUGUGAGGGGAUCCCUGCGGUGCCUGCGGUUUCCCACUCUUUGCACUUUCACCACAAACUAGGAAACUAUUCCUAGAGCUUGGCUUCACCUGACUCAUGUCGCAAGCCCUUACUUAAUGCCUCACUGGUAUAGGAAUACUUUGUCACCAUACUGCUCUGUGGGUGGAAAGCACUAACUUUUCAGGAGGGAGAUCUAGAACUAAAAGUUCAAGUAACUUUUACUGUAGUUUCCAAAGUGGCCAGAACUUCUUGCUUUCAUGAAAACUGGAUUCAUAUUGUAUUUCCAAAUGUGUCCUUUAUGUAUUUGAAUGUUUUGGGGGAGAAAGUCUGUGCCUAUUUAAAAAGGAAUCCAGUGUCUCCUUUCCAAGGGAUCUGUUCAGUGCCAUACACUGUUGAGUGCUGUUCACCCAGCUAGACUUACCCACGAAGGACUGAGCUUUGUUAUAUUUAACAAAAUCCACACGCAUCAAUUUCUGAUGCUUUUACCUGUUGUGUAUUAUUUACUGUGUGUGUUUUAUUUCUGUUCUUAGUAUUCAGCUUUGGCGUAGAAAUCAGAAGUCUGAAUUCUAGCCUUUUUGACUUUAUAUUCCAUGGUCGAAUUUUAAAGCUGUUUAGGUUUAACAAUGAAGGAAUUUUAUUCUUUAGUCAAAACUGUUCUCAUUUUUACUCUUGCUCAGGAUUAGUAUUUUUAAACAUUCAAUUAAUAUAAUCCCAACACAUAUUUUCAAAAGAAAAAAAACCUUUUCCUAGUAUUGAUAUUAACCUUUUAUGAAAGCAUUAUUUUAUCUUUUCUUAGAAAAAUGAGACUAAUUAGAACCACGGAAAAGAUGUGUCUUUUGCCUUAAUGUAAAAAAAAUCAAAUGAGACUAUCCUGUCAAAGGUAAAGAACAAAAGAAAUAGUGUGAGUUCUGGAAGACACAUUCAUUGCAUAAGUAAUUGGAAUAUGUACUUAUUUUUAUAUCUUAGGUGCCACAUGUUUAGUUACUGUAAAACUAAUGUUUAUCUUUCUAUUAAUUUCCUUUUGCCUCAAGAUUACAUGAGAGAAAUUACCUAUGACUACUCAAAACUUCUAGAGCCCAAUGCAAGUCGAAUUUCUGAGAUGUGAAGUAAAUGGUGGGAAUACUAAUAUAAUUUUUAUAUAACAAAUCUAAAUAUUUUAGUAAAUCGUUUCAUGCAAAAGCACACUGCACAUUAAUAUAACUGCAAAGAAAAUGGAACAUAUUUACAAUGUUUAUAAGCUUGUUAGUUUCUGUUAGGGUCCAGACUUGUACCCUAGCUGUGAUAAAAUUUGAAGAUAUAAAGAGCAGAAUAAGAUGGUAGACUAAUAUUUCUUAUUAUUCAUGGAGACCGUAUUUUAUUUUGGAUCCAUUCAGCUUUUGUAGGCAUUAAAAUUAUUAAUUUUCCAAGGUAAUUCCUUUUAAGAAAUGAUGUCAGCAGGGAAUUUCUUGCCUACCUAGAAUUGUUGGCUUACCUGAAAGAUGUCAAUGUAAAAUCUACGGAACUGUUGGAUGUUUUGAUCCUGUAGAGUAUCCUAAUUUUUAAUGAAUCACUAAGCUUUAUUUAUUAGACAUGGUGAGUGCUGAGUGCCUUCUGCCACUUUUGCUACCAUCGCCACAUCAUCUGUAAACUGGUCCUACAUCCCUAAUAAAAUUGUAACUAAUUUAUUGAGUUUGCACUUGUAAUAUAUAUAUAUCUUGUGCUUCUCUUUCUCCAGGGUGCAUUUUGCAUCUGCAUAUCCCUGCUAUUGCAAAGUACAUAUAUUUGUGUAAAUUCACAUGUAGCAUGUAUGCAUAAUGAAACAAUAAAAUUUCCUUACUUUCUA